AUGUAUGUGUGUGUGUAGAUGUUUCUAUGGGUGUGCCUAUAGGUGUGUUUGUUUGUGUGUGUCGGCGUGUUUUCCUAUAUGUGUGUCUGUGUCUGUGUUUCUGUAUAUGUGUUUGCCUAUGUAUGUCUCUCUGAGUGUCUGCAUGUGUGUGUGUAUCUCUGUGUGUAUCUGCUUGUGUUUGUGUGUGUCUU